GGACAAUCUUACGAUUACGAGAAGCAGCGAUACGACGGCUGGUACAACAACCUUGCGCAUCCGUCAUGGGGAUCAGUGGGAGGACAAUCUUACGAUUACGAGAAGCAGCGAUACGACGGCUGGUACAACAACCUUGCGCAUCCGUCAUGGGGAUCAGUGGACAGUCACCUGACGCGGAAAACGCCGCCAGCUUAUGGAGACGGAGUUUACAUGAUGGCUGGGCAGGACAGACCCAGUCCCCGAAUGCUGUCACAAGCUUUUAUGAAGGGCGUCGACGGGAUGGGCUCUGCCAAGAAUCGCACUGCUCUGCUUGUCUUCUUCGGGCAAGUGGUGUCAUCGGAAAUCCUGAUGGCCUCCGAGGCCGGCUGUCCGAUUGAAAUGCACCGCAUCCCGAUCGAGAAGUGCGACGAGAUGUACGACAAGGACUGCCGAGGAGACAAAUGGAUGCCGUUCCACAGGGCAUGGUACGACAUCAAGACCGGCCAGUCACCCAAUUCUCCUCGUGAACAGAUCAACGCAAUCACGAGUUGGAUCGAUGGCAGCUUCGUCUACUCCACCAUGGAAGCCUGGGUGAACACUAUGCGCUCUUUCCGCAACGGUACUUUUGUGUCGCGCACAUUGUCACGCCGGUCGGCUCCGUCGAGCUCGAAUCAACGCCGGCCCGUCGAAUCAGCAAAGACCAACGAAUCUUCUGCGGCAAGCGAGGACGCUGCUGCUGCUGCUGCUGGUGUCGGUGGCAGCGAGGAGGCGAACACGACGGAACCACAAUUACUCGUCGAUGCCGAGAGCAACAUGAUUGUUGUGGAAGACGCGGCUGACGGUGCCACGUCGCCCAGCUUCGAGGGCGAGUUUCCGCCCAAGAACAAGGCCCGAGUCCCGCUGUUCAACUUCCCGAACCCGCAUCAGCUCCGGCAAAUGAGCCCCGAGAGAAUGCUAGUUCUGGGUGAUCCGAGGACGAAUCAGAACCCUGCAUUGUUGACUUUCGGAGUACUGUUCUUCCGAUGGCACAACGUUCUGGCACGACGGGUACAGCAACAACAUCCUGACUACACGGACGAACAAGUUUUCCAGCGUGCCAGACGACUUGUAAUUGCCUCUAUGCAGAACAUAAUUGCCUACGAAUUCCUGCCUGCCUUUUUGGGAGAGAAUUUGUCCGAGUACGUUGGAUACAAGCCGGACGUGCAUCCCGGAAUCAGCCACGUUUUCCAAGCUGCGGCUUUCCGAUUCGGUCACACCAUGGUUCCGCCUGGGCUUUAUCGACGAAGUGGACAAUGCGACUUCAGAAGGGCUCCCUCUGGAGAUCCAGCCUACAGACUGUGUUCCACUUGGUGGGACGCCAACACUGUGAUGGAGGAGCCGGAGAUCGUGGAGGAGCUGAUCAUGGGCAUGGCAUCUCAGAUAGCCGAGAAGGAAGACACCGUGCUGUGCUCCGACGUGCGCGACAAGUUGUUCGGGCCUCUGGAAUUCUCGCGGCGGGACUUGGGCGCCCUCAACAUCAUGCGCGGACGCGACAACGGCCUCUCCGACUACAACACCAUUCGCAAGUGCUUCAAGCUCCCGCCAGUCAAUUCCUUCGAGGAAAUCAAUCCCGCUCUCAGCAAGGACAAGGACUUGCUUUCUAAACUGAAGGAGUAUUACGGAGGCGUGGACAACAUCGAUUUGUAUGUCGGGGGAAUGUUGGAAUCGCAGCAAGGCCCUGGACCUUUGUUUCGAGCCAUUAUCAGAGAGCAGUUCGAAAGAAUCAGGGACGCCGAUCGAUUCUGGUUCGAAAACACGGAAAAUGGGAUUUUUACGGAAGACGAAGUGAAGGCGAUUAAAACAGUGCGAUUGUAUGACAUCAUCGUCAAUGCCACUGAUAUCAAACCCGGAGACAUUCAGGAAGAGGUUUUCUUCUGGAUGGAAGGAGAUCCUUGCCCACAACCGGCUCAGCUCAACACCUCCAUGAUGGAACCUUGCAAAUAUCUCGGUGGUUACGAUUAUUUCCAUGGAAGCGAAGUGGCGUACAUUUAUUCGUGCAUUUUGCUUGCUGCUGUGCCUCUAAUUUGCGCUGGAGCGGGUUACGCUGUGGUCAAGUUGCAAAACUCGAGGCGCCGAAAGUUCAAGAUGCAGCAAGAAGAAAACAACAAUGGCAAGGCUGUCGACAAGAUGGUUGUCAAAGAAUGGCUUCAUCAAAACCACAAACGACAGGUGAAAAUAAAAUUUGGGCCGAACGACGCGUUCUACGUUGUCAAUCGGAAAGGCGACAAACUGAGGAGUAUCAAGCUUGGGAACGUCGAUUCAAUCGAGGUUGAAAUUACUCAAGACAUAAAAAAGAAGCCGAUGGUGCUGAUCAAGUCUCCAAACGACUACGACCUCGUGCUCGAAUUCGACUCGAUCCACAGCCGGAAAAAGUUUCUCAUGAAACUCGAGGUUUUCAUCAAGGGCUUCAAGAAGACAACAGAGACGAAACCCACGUACCGAGAACCCAUGUUGGCUAGUGCUGAAACCAAGGAACGUCGUCAGAAACGUCUGGAACACUUUUUCCGCGAAGCCUACGCACUUACUUUCGGCCUGAAACCCGGUGAAAAGCGGCGUUUGGAAGACGUUCCCUGCGACGUCAUCAUGGUCAUGAGAACAUCCCUGUCUAAGGAAGAAUUCGCCGGGGCCCUGGGCAUGAAACCCAGCUCUGUGUUUGUCCAGAAAAUGUUCAAUAUCGUCGACAAAGACGGCGAUGGACGGAUCAGUUUUCAAGAGUUCCUCGACACGGUCGUGUUGUUUUCGCGCGGGAAAACCGACGACAAGCUGCGCAUCAUUUUCGACAUGUGCGACAACGACAGGAACGGAGUCAUUGACAAGCAAGAGUUGUUUGAAAUGUUUGCUGGUCUGGUUGAAAUUGCCAAAACGGAUAAGUUGUCUGGCGAUGAAGUGAAGAAGCUCAUCAACGGAAUGUUCGUCGCUGCUGGAGUUGAAGAGAAGGAACAUUUGGAGUAUGCGGAUUUCAAGCGGCUGAUGAGAGAAUACAAGGGCGACUUCGUUGCUAUCGGCCUCGAUUGCAAAGGAGCGAAACAAAAUUUCCUCGACACUUCAACAAACGUUGCCAGAAUGACAAGCUUCCGGCUGGACGCGAUUCAAGAGAGGAAUAAACCUUGGGUCCGGAAGAAGUGGGACGCUUUGACUACGUUCCUGGAAGAAAACCGGCAAAACAUAUUUUAUCUCUUCGUCUUCUACGUCAUCACCAUCGCUUUGUUCAUCGAACGAUUCAUUCAUUAUUCUUUCAUGUCGGAGCACACGGACUUGCGACACAUCAUGGGCGUAGGCAUUGCCAUUACUCGAGGUUCGGCAGCGUCCUUGUCGUUUGGCUACUCGAUGCUGUUGUUGACGAUGAGCAGGAAUCUGUUGACGAAGUUGAAGGAAUUUUCCAUACACCAGUUCAUCCCUGUCGAUUCGCACAUCCAGUUCCACAAGAUUGUCGCUUGCACGGCACUCUUCUUCAGCAUUGUCCACACUGUGGGUCAUAUAGUGAACUUUUACCACGUUACCACACAACCCGUUGAACACCUGCGUUGCUUGACGAGUGAAAUGAAUUUCCCGUCUGACAAGAAACCUGGGAUCGAUUUCUGGCUCUUCCAGACUUUGACUGGAUCAACCGGAGUGCUGGCGUUCGUCACUAUGUGCAUCAUCUUUGUGUUUGCCCAUCCCGUGAUCCGGAAGCGGGCAUACAAGUUUUUCUGGAUGACGCAUCAGCUCUACAUCCUGCUCUACGUGCUCUGUUUGAUCCACGGAUUAGGACGUCUAACUGGUAGCCCCAGGUUCUGGAUCUUCUUCGUCGGGCCCGGGAUCAUCUUCACACUGGACAAGGUGAUCUCAUUGCGCACGCGCUACAUGGAGCUGGACAUCCUUGAAACGGAGCUGCUGCCUUCUGACGUCAUCAAGAUAAAGUUCUACCGACCACCGAAUCUCAAAUACCUCUCAGGGCAGUGGGUGAGGUUGACCUGCACCGCGAUUCACCCACUGGAGUACCACUCGCUGACCCUGACGUCGGCACCGCACGAGGAUUUCCUGUCGGUGUCAGUCAAGGCCCAGGGCCCCUGGACGUGGAAGCUUCGCAACUACUUUGACCCGUGCAACUACAACUUCAGCGAGGAAAACAGGCCCAAGAUUCGACUGGAAGGUCCAUUCGGAGGCGGAAACCAGGACUGGUAUAAGUUCGAGGUCGCCGUGAUGGUGGGCGGCGGGAUCGGCGUGACGCCAUACGCAUCCAUCCUCAACGACUUGGUGUUUGGCACGUCGACCAACAGAUACUCCGGGGUGGCCUGCAAAAAGGUGUACUUCCUCUGGAUUUGCCCGAGCCACAAGUCCUUUGAGUGGUUCAUCGACGUUCUGCGAGACGUGGAGAAGAAGGACGUGACCAAUGUGCUGGAGAUCCACAUCUUCAUCACGCAGUUCUUCCACAAGUUCGAUUUGCGCACGACCAUGCUGUAUAUCUGUGAGAACCAUUUCCAGCGGCUGAGCAGAAGAAGCAUGUUCACAGGUUUGCGUGCAGUUAACCACUUUGGACGGCCAGAUAUGACGGCUUUCCUCAAGUUUGUGCAGAAAAAGCACGCCUACGUGAGCAAAAUUGGCGUGUUCAGCUGCGGGCCGAGGCCACUAACAAAAUCCAUCAUGGCAGCAUGCGAGGACGUCAACAAGGGCCGAAAACUGCCAUACUUCAUCCACCACUUCGAGAACUUCGGUUAAUGAUUGCUGUGCGUUGCUCGUCGAAAUAUUGCUCUUUCCGUCCUUUUUUCUUUCUUUCAUUUGUCAUCUUGAAAUGUGUACUGGUGCACCGGACGAUUGAAUGUUGAUCCGAAGCUCGAUCCAACUCUUUUGCUUUUUCUCUGUGCGGGGAGAAGGAAACGUUAGGUGAUGCUUUUGCCGGGUUCAGGCUUUCCUUUGGAAAUUAUUUCCUCCUCAUCUCUUUACCUGUUUAUACUGUACUGUACUUGUGUGUUAUACUUCGCAAACUGUAGCUGAUGUGAUCAAAUGUGGGGGAAUUAUGCUGUUCGCUGCAAAGGAGGGGGGCGACCGCAGGCAGAAUGGAAUUCUGGGGAGAAAAUGCUCGAUUUUAAAAAAAAAUUUAGAGUCCAACAAGUCUUUCAGACGGUUUGAAAAGAGAUUUUGCAAUUUUUGAAUUGUAAUUAUUGCCAUUUCAGAAAAGUAUCUGUUCGCGAUUAGCGCGCCAAGUGGAUUUUAGAUGUGAAUGCGGCAUUAAUUUCUGUAUCCAUCGGAAAAUUUAAAAAUGAACCUCGAUUAAAGAUUCGUUUCGGUCAGAAAAGUUGCAGAAUAUCCGCGGGUUCGUAUUUUUUUUUCUAGAGGCACGUCAUGUAAAUUUGAGUUUACAAUUUAUUUUUGCUCAUUUGCUGGGAUAAUUUAUUUUCCACUUUUUUUGUCGAAUGAGUGAUUCCUCUUCUCCUAAAGGCGGUUGUGUAAACUUCCGAUACUGAGUUCGAGUGAAGGGUGAUGCGAUGCUGUUUGUUCUGAAUUUUCCUCUUGCUUUUUUGGAUGCUUGUUGAAAAGCGUGAAGAAUGAAAUCUGGCAUAUUUUCA